GACAGAGUGGGCGGGGCUAAGCUUGGAGCUCCUUCUCCGGGUUGAGAUGGCCGGCGUCGCCCUGAGGCUGCGCGCUACCUGGCGCUGUGUCCACCUGAGAAGCAUUCCCAGUCUGAAGUUCCACUCCUCAGCCUCUCCCAUGAUGGGUGCGACGGUGGAGCAGUUCGAGCAGGCCAAGAACAGACUGUCCACGCUGAAGAAGGACCCGGGCAACGAGGCCAAGCUGAAGAUCUACGCUCUGUUCAAACAGGCCACUCGGGGGCCCUGUGACACCCCCAAACCAGGCAUGCUGGACUUUGUCAACAAGGUGAAGUGGGACGCGUGGAAGUCCCUGGGCUCCGUCUCACAGGACGAAGCCCGCCAGCAGUACUGCGACCUGAUUGGCUCCCUGGUGGAAGCAGAGGGUGGGAGCUCCGCCCAGGUGGCUGCAAAGCCUGCUGGGAGCGGGACGACGUACGAGACGCUGCUGGUCUCCACGGAGGAUGACAUCACCACCAUCAAACUGAACCGACCGGCCAAGAAGAACGCCAUCACCACCGAGAUGUACAAUGACAUUAUUGCAGCUCUGGAUCAGGCAGCUAAAGACGACUCAGUCAUCACAGUCUUUACUGGUGCCGGUGAUUUCUACUGCAGCGGAAACGACCUGUCCAACUUCACCAAGAUCCCCGAGGGAGGGGUGGAGGAGAUGGCCCAACAGGGUGGAGACCUGCUCAGGAAGUACGUGAAGGCCUACAUUGACUUCCCCAAGCCGCUGGUUGCCGUGGUGAACGGACCGGCUGUAGGAAUCUCUGUGACGUUGUUGGGCCUGUUUGACCUGGUCUACGCUACGGACCGGGCCUCCUUCCACACUCCCUUCACCCAACUGGGUCAGAGCGCCGAGGGAUGCUCCUCCUACACCUUCCCCAAGAUAAUGGGCCCCGCCAAGGCCAGUGAGAUGCUGCUGUUCAAUAAGAAGCUGUCUGCGGUUCAGGCCUGUGAACUCGGUUUGGUCACGGAGGUUUUCCCCGACAGCAGCUUCCAGUCAGAGGUUUGGAGCCGACUGAAGGAGUACGCCAAGCUGCCCCCCCAGUCCCUGUCCUUGUCUAAGCAGCUGGUCCGGUCGAUGGAGAAGGACCGUCUCCACGCAGUGAACGACGCCGAGGUGAAGCGUCUGACGGAGCGAUGGACGUCAGACGAGUGUUUCAACGCCGUCAUGAGUUUCUUCCAGGCCAAGGCCAAACUGUGAGACAGGAGGUGUGUGUGUGUCUCACAUGUGUGUGUCUCACAUGUGUGUGUCUCACGUCAGCCGUCCACCGUGAAGGUCUGCUAAAUGACUGUAAUGUAAUGUAAUGUAAUGUAAUGUCGCGUGGUAGAAUGGUGUAGGAGGACAGAGGGACUAGUUGACGUCCUUCAUGUGACCUCUUUAGUGACCGUCACGUUAAGAUCAGUUAGUUUUUUACAUCUCGAGCUACUGACAAAGUAAAGAACGUUGUAUCUCAGUGUGGUCUGUCAUCUUCAUCAUCUUCAUCAUCUUCAUCAUGUAAUGAUCACAUGAAGGGUUCUCUGCGUCGACAGUUAAAGUGCCUUUAACUCGUAACGAGGAUUAAAUUCUUUAAUAAUUCAAA